UCUCUCUCUCUCUCUCUCUCUCUCUCUCUCUCAUUCAUGGCUUCAGAUCCUCAAGACCCUAACGAUCCCCGCGGCGAGGUCCACCAUUUGGGCCUCGGCUCCUCGUCGUCAUCAUCUUCCUUCUUCGGAUCCGAUGACAGCCGGAGCACCACCAGCUCCGGCGAGAUCCCGCCGACGGAGCUGUGCUUCGGGGCGGUGGCUUGGGGAUCGGCGUCGACGAUCGGGCGACGGAGAGAGAUGGAGGACGCCGUCGCCGUCGCACCUGAUUUCGUUUCCAUCCCUUGCUGCCACGUCGGAGGCUGCGCGGCGGAGCCGCCGUCCGGUGAGAGCUCUGGCCCUCGCUUCUUCGGCGUCUAUGACGGCCAUGGUGGUUCUCAGGUGGCGAAGUAUUGCGCUGAGAGAGUUCAUGAAGUAGUUGCAGAGUUGUGGAAGAAGGGCAGUGAUGGAGAAGGGUGGCAAAGGAGGUGGGAGAUGGCUUUCUCUGAUGGUUUUGACAGGGUUGAUAAUGAAGUAAUAGCGGAGGGAGUGGCCUCUGAUAUAGUUGGAUCCACUGCUCUGGUAGUGCUUGUCUCUGGUUGUCAGAUUAUUUCUUCUAACUGUGGAGAUUCCAGAGCUGUUCUUUGCCGUGGAGAUCAAACUAUCCAGUUAACCAUUGAUCAUAAGCCUGAUAGAGAGGAUGAACGUGAAAGAAUUGAAAGAGAAGGUGGAAGAGUCAUCAACUGGAAAGGACCCAGGGUUUUGGGAGUUCUUGCCAUGUCCAGAUCCAUAGGUGACCGAUAUAUGAGACCUUGGAUUAUUCCGGUGCCAGAGAUUAGUUUUCUCUCUCGAAGCUCUGACGAUGAGUGCUUGAUCUUAGCAAGUGAUGGUCUAUGGGAUGUGAUGUCAAACCAAGAAGUUGGAGAGGUUGCAUCCCGUCUUCUAAGACGACAUCGGCAGAGAAGUUUAGCAAAUGGCACAUUAUCAUCUCCGGCAAAAGCAGUGGCUGAUCAUCUUGUCAAGCUAGCUCACCGUAAAUUCAGCUCCGACAACAUCUCUGUCAUUGUAGUUGACUUAAAAUCACGGAGUUCUAAUCACCUGUAACAUUGAACAGAGACCGAAGAGAAGACAUAUCCAAAAAAAAACUCAAAGACGCUGUGCAUUAACUUGCUCCAUUUUUUAAUUUUGUUUGAGAGAUGAUCUAAAUUAUGCUGGCAAAGUUGGGAGCUAUAAAAGAGAUGAUGAACUUGAUGCCUUGUUGAUUCAUUGCUAUUAUAUUGUAUUGCUGUUGUUCUUCAAGACAUGUUGUUGGUCAUUACCUUGCUAAUUUAUGUAUCUCAUUUUCAUUAAUUUGAUCAUCAAAGAUUUCUUGUUUUA